AUGAGCAUAACCAAAUUGGCGAACAAUAAUAUCUUUACUCAUCAAGGCCUAGUUGGAAUGACCUCGCUUUUACAACACCUUAGGACUGCGCAAUAUGCAGAUUUCAUUGUUCGAAUCAAUUCUCAAGAGUGGGAUGGUAUUAGCACACGCAUUAUACUUAGAAACGCGCAACUUCGUGCAGGACUAGCAGGAUGCAUACUCACAAUAGAGCCGUCUAAAUUAUUGCAAGUCAACAUACCGAACAACUUUAAUUUCAAUAUAUUAAAAGAUAUGAAAGAUCAACUAUUCAAUUUUGACGCAAUAAACGUGGACGAUUGGCAUUUGGAUAUACUUGAUACAACAAUUUUAGAAUUCUUAUUACAACCUAACUACAAUCACAAUAAUACACGAGGCCAAGGUCAAGAUAUCCUACGUCCUAAUCAAAUUAAAAUGACAUUAGGAAUAUCCGCCGCUGGACCUCUACCAUAUUUUGCUAAAAUCACUGUAGACCUUACUCCAUCACCUAGAUAUCAACCUAUCACGCCGCAACAUCCAUCUCUCGAUAGACGAAGGAAAGAAUGGGUCAUAGUUAAUACAAACUGA